UCACAGCAGAAGUUACGUCGCUAAAGAGGGCAGGGAAGGAAGGAGCAGUUUAGCUACGUGACGCAUACAACAAUUGUUUAACAAAGUCCUUAUUUAAGCGUAGUUGUCGUCUAAUAUACAUAUAUUUAUAAGCUAAUGUCGUCUCGAACAUUUUUGCAAGUGUAAAUUGCGCAGAAAUCUGCACUUUUAUUAUAGCGCACAACGUAAACAAACCGCUGUCAAACGUCAAAGCUAACGUGUCAAAUAUAGCGGAGGGAAGAGUGGAGUGUUAAUCGCCAACAUGAGAGGAGGUUCGUCCUAUGGAGACAGAGACAGGGACCGUGGACGAGACAGGCCACGGUUUGGGGCCAUGAGUGGUCGCAGUGGACCCCCACCGAUGAAAUUUGGGAAUCCAGGUGAGCGUCUCCGCAAGAAGAGGUGGAACUUGGAUGAGCUGCCAAAAUUUGAGAAGAACUUCUAUGCUGAACACCCUGAAGUCCAACGUAUGAGUCAGUAUGAGAUGGAAGAGUUUUGCAGGAAGAAGGAGAUCACCAUAAGAGGCUCUGGCUGUCCAAAAGCGAUUACAGCUUUUCACCAGGCGCAGUUUCCUCAGUAUGUGAUGGAUGUGCUGAUACAGCAGAACUUUAAAGAACCAACAGCGAUUCAGUCUCAGGGCUUCCCUGUGGCCCUGAGUGGCAGGGACAUGGUGGGGAUUGCACAGACUGGCUCUGGAAAGACACUGGCUUAUCUUCUUCCUGCUAUCGUGCACAUCAACCACCAGCCCUAUCUGGAGAGAGGAGAUGGACCCAUUUGUCUGGUGCUGGCCCCAACCAGAGAGCUGGCUCAGCAGGUUCAACAGGUUGCAUAUGACUAUGGCAAGUCUUCCCGCAUCAAAAGCACCUGUGUCUACGGUGGAGCACCCAAGGGACCACAGAUUCGAGAUCUUGAGAGGGGUGUUGAGAUCUGCAUUGCCACACCUGGUCGUCUCAUUGACUUCUUGGAGGUGGGGAAGACUAAUCUGCGUCGCUGCACCUACCUAGUGCUAGAUGAGGCCGACCGCAUGCUGGACAUGGGCUUUGAGCCACAAAUUCGCAAGAUAGUUGAACAGAUCAGGCCCGACAGACAGACUCUUAUGUGGAGUGCAACCUGGCCAAAGGAGGUUCGGCAGCUUGCUGAGGACUUCCUGAGGGACUAUGUCCAGAUUAAUAUUGGCGCUCUGGAACUCAGUGCCAACCACAACAUCUUGCAGAUAGUCGAUGUCUGCAUGGAGACUGAGAAGGACCAGAAACUUAUUCAGCUGAUGGAGGAAAUUAUGGCUGAAAAGGAAAACAAAACCAUCAUCUUUGUGGAGACCAAGAAGCGCUGUGACGACCUCACCAGGAGAAUGAGGCGGGACGGGUGGCCAGCCAUGUGUAUCCAUGGAGACAAGAGCCAACCGGAAAGAGACUGGGUACUCACAGAGUUUCGGAGUGGCAAAGCUCCUAUAUUGAUUGCUACUGAUGUCGCCUCUCGUGGUCUGGAUGUGGAAGAUGUCAAGUUCGUCAUCAACUAUGACUAUCCCAGCUGCUCUGAAGAUUACGUCCACCGUAUUGGACGUACGGCCCGCAGUACCAACAAAGGCACUGCCUACACCUUCUUCACCCCAGGGAACCUGCGGCAGGCCCGAGACCUCGUCCGGGUGUUGGAGGAAGCUCGACAGGCCAUUAACCCAAAACUGCUUCAGCUUGUGGACUCAGGCCGCGGUGGAGGAGGCGGUGGCAGAAUGCGUUACCGUGGCAGCAGCUCCAACAACCCUAACCUUAUGUACCAGGAGGAGUGUGAUCGGCGCAUGCGCUCCAGUGGAGGCAGUGGCGGCAGCAAAGACAGCCGUAGUGGCUUCAGCCGUGACAACCGCAGCAGUCGUGACGGAGACCGUUCCGCUUCCUCCUCUUCUUCCUACAGGGACAGAGGUCGGGAUCACCGGAACAGCUACAACUCAGGCUCAGAUCAGUACCAGAGUUACAGCGGUAGCGGGGCCUACAACUCCCGUGGCGGUGGCAGCCAGUCUGGUGGCAGUGGAGGUCAGGAUCAACCUAGCCAGCCUCAGGGUCAGUUUGGCCAGCCUCCUCCUCCUCCUCCUCCACCAUCAGUGGGGCCGCAGCCCCUCAUGGCACAGCAGUUUGCGCCACCACAGCCCCCGCUAAUGGGCUUUAUGGGGCAGCCACCUUACCCUUUCACUUCUCCACCACCUCCUCCUCCAGGCCCUCCACCACCUCGGAAGUAGAAUUAUGAGCAAGAAGCACUAAUUUUCUUACUUAGUGUAUUCACAGUAUAAUUGGGUUUUUACUUUCCAACUCUUGUUAACGCCAAGAGGCAGGGAUAUUCCUAAGGAGGUAAGGGCUUAUAUUUUCUAUUUGUUUUGUACAUUUCAAUAAUCCCAACAUGUGGAUUUUAAAUUUUCCAAUAGAAAGGGAAAUCAAUUUUUCAAUGUAGAUCAUCAUUGUCCAAGGUCUCAUGCAGUCACUCUCAACCAUUUAUCAUGGAGGGAAAAGUUUGUUAUGUUUUCAUUUCAGCCAAACACCAAAACAAUGGAUUUUACCGGUUUGUUCUUCCUCUCUAAUUUCAGCUGUGUUUGUCUAGAAUGAAAACAGGCAUAUACUCAGGCCUCAGUGUGAGAGUGCUGGUCUAUGGGCAAAAUAACUUCUAACAGAAACCAUCUCAUUCCAGUCAUGUUUUUCUCUAGCUUCAAAAUCUUUGCCUUGUUCAGUUGAAGGGAAACUUAGCUUUUGAUCAGCAAUGUAUUCUAAUUAUAGCUUUUAUUUUGAGAUUGAGUCAUUCUAAACGUUCAAGCAAUGCAUGUAAAUUUGUGAAUCUUAUUUGUUAGUUUUAGUUUUUUUUUUUUUUUUUUAGUGUAAUGAACUGUUGCUGUAGAUUUAGGUGCAUUUGUCACGCAUGCCUUUAGUUUUUUUUCUGUCCUGUAGCCAGUCAAAAUGGAUGUAUUAUUUGUAACUCACAUAUUUGAAUAAGCAGAUUAGCUGAUGCUGAUUUAUUUUUGUGUGGAUUGUUUACUAAAUUGCAUUUGAUGCUUGUUUCCUCUUUCACUCAUUGUGCUCUUUUUACUGUGUUUUCUUUCUAAAUAAAUGAAUCAAAACUUGA